CCCACACUUACAAAUAUCGUAUUUCCACCUCCCCCCCAGCUUACUUGCACGCUGUGCGCAAACAGGAAAAGUUCCCGAAGGCUUCUUUCUCCACGUGUUUCUCCCUGCGCCUUUUCGCCAAGCACGGGACAAUGGAUCACUCGCAUAUGGAUCACGGUCAUAUGGACCACGGCCACAUGGAUCACGGCAUGCCGGGCAUGGGCGGCGACGGGCCAAAGUGUAACAUGAAUAUGCUGUUCACGUGGGACACCAAGGACCUGUGCAUUGUAUUCCCGUCAUGGCACAUCUCGGGCACGGGGUCGCUCAUCUUUUCGCUUCUGGCCGUGGUGCUGCUCACGGCGGGGUACGAGGCGGUUCGCGAGAUGUCGAGGCGCUACGAGGGCUAUGCCAAGGGGGUUAUGGAGGGACCUAGAGGGAGAAACGCGGGUGCUGGGCGUGGCAACGAACAGCAGAUGAAGAUGAUCAAGGCGGUGCUGUAUGCCGUGCAGGUAUUCUACUCGUUCUUCAUCAUGCUGCUGUUCAUGACAUACAAUGGGUGGAUCAUGCUUGCUGUGGCGGUGGGAGCGUUUGUCGGAUACCUGAUGUUUAGCCAGUCUUCGUCGACCAAGACGGUUGCGUGCCAUUGAGGGCGGCGCCGGGCAAUACGUGUGGGUGGAGGUGGAAAUGGAAGUGGAAAGCAAGAGGCUUUUCAGCGGUUCGUGGGUGGUCAUGGAUGGUCGAGACUCGGGCAGACAGGUGGUAUAAGCUGCCGUCAAAGCUGCCGUCAGGACCGGGGACAUGCCGCUUCUGCUCGCCGUUCCUGCAAUAUCCGGGCAACACAUGGACACACGCAAUGGAUGAGUUGGGUGGCACCACUGCCAUGGGCUGGAUAAUCACGCCCCAUCGGCGCUCUAGUGCAGAUGGACGGUAUACAGUACAUGUACAGGCGACCAAGGGAUUCGCAAUCUUACGGUGUGCAAAACUAUGGCCG